AAGCUCUCAGCGCUAAACAGCUGCAGCGUCCGGCUAGUAACGGAGAACCGUCGAGAACAACGUCGGCUGAGAAACCAUGCCUCGAGUUUACAUCGGACGACUGGGCUAUCAUGUCCGCGAAAAGGACAUUCAGCGGUUUUUCAGCGGAUAUGGGAAACUCCUGGAAAUUGAUUUGAAAAACGGUUACGGGUUCGUGGAGUUCGAGGACAACCGGGACGCCGACGACGCCGUGUAUGAGCUGAACGGGAAGGAGCUGUGUGGGGAGCGGGUGAUCGUCGAACAUGCCCGGGGGCCGCGGCGAGACCGAGACGGCUACGGUGGGGGUUACUGGGGUGGUGGGCGCAGUAGCGGUUACAGCAGCCGGAGCCGCUCUGGCCGGGACAAGUAUGGACCUCCAGUCCGUACAGAGUAUCGCCUCAUCGUGGAGAACUUGUCCAGCCGCUGCAGCUGGCAGGACCUCAAGGACUUCAUGCGUCAGGCAGGAGAGGUGACCUACGCAGACGCUCACAAGGAACGCACCAACGAGGGAGUGAUCGAGUUCCGCUCUCACUCUGACAUGAAGAGGGCUCUGGACAAGCUGGAUGGGACCGACAUCAACGGACGGAAGAUUCGCCUGGUGGAGGACCGACCUCGCAGACGGAAGUCCUACUCUGGCAGUCGCUCCAGGUCUCGUAGUCACCGCCGUUCUCGCAGCAGAAGCCGCAGAAGCUCCAGGAGCCGCUCUAGAUCCCACUCCAGGUCUCGUUCUCAUAGCAACAAGAGACGUGACCAUUCCCGCUCCAGGUCUGGAAGGAAGUCUCGCUCCAAGUCGGGAGACAGCAAAUCCCGCUCCCGCAACCGCAGGUCCCGAUCUCGCUCCGGCAAAUCUAAAUCUCGUUCCCACUCUCGCAAGUCCGGGUCCGGUUCGGCCGAGCGGAAGUCCAAGUCCCGCUCCAAGAGCCGUUCCAAGGUGAAGUCGGAGCGAGAUUCCCGCAGCCGGUCGAAGGAGAUGUGCGGCGACAAGAAGUCUCACAGCCGCUCAGCCUCCCCGAUGGAGAACGGGAAGGAGGAGCGAGCGGCCAAGUCGGCCUCCCGCUCCCCGUCUCCUCAGGAGGACGAACGCCGGUCCAAGUCCAGGGAGAAGCGCUCGGCCUCCCGCUCCAAGUCCCGCUCCAGGUCCCGCUCACGGUCCAGAUCGGCCUCUCAGGAUUAGUGGAGGACGGUUUGGUCCUCGUGCUGUACAUAGAGCAGUGUUUAAUAACCGGCUUCUGCUCCCUGACUUACUUUUCUCCUGCAGCCGUCUGAACGUGUUGGUCAGAUGAUGUUCUCUGGAGCCGUCAGCUGCCUCCAGAAAAACACAAUUAUUCUCAUGGUCCUAGUUCUGAAGUCUUUAGAGUUGAGGUAGUGUAAGUUCCAAACUUUCAGCCUGAUCGGUAAUAUUUAGGUUUGUGGCACGAGCCGAGCAGUUUAGUUUGUUGAAGAAGUUGUCUUUAUUGUACAGGAUUGUUCAAAAAUGAACCGAUUUUCAGUAUUUUAAUAAGGAAAAGCAACAAAACUCCAGUCGACUCAACUUUUAUUUGAUGUUUAAAGACAUCAAAUGACAUCAGUGGUAAGCUCAGAUUUGCCGAUACACGUCUGGGAGGAAUUCUCUGAUCCACUGAUGCUGCAGGUGGAGGCCACAUUGAACACUUAUUAGAGGAAAUAAAAGUAGAUUGUGAGUAGAACGCUUCUGACUCGGCUGGAGUUUUCUGUUGCUUUUCCUGAUUAAAAUAUUGAAAAUCCAUUCAUUCUUCUUGAAUAACCCUGUAUUUUUACUCAGUUUUCAGCAAAUUUUGUGCCGUUUUUUUGAUCGACUAAGUUUAUCGCCAUUUUUAAGUGUCCUCUGAUCCAUCGUUAAGUAGAAAUGUUUUGAGCUCUAAACUGUGGGAGAAAAGUAGCACUGGAGCCGUUUUUUCUUUAGAUCUGCAGCCUCAACGAUUAUUUUCUCCAGGAGUCCGUCGACCCUUGGUGUCUGGGAUCCAACAGCUCGAACUGCAUAUUUACAAGAAAACAAGGGUUUGUAUUUGAUAUUUGAACAACUUGCUUUGUCCGGUGGAUUCUUCUGAUCCUUUUUAACCUCUUGUACAUAGACGGUGUCAUCAGAAACGACCUGAACCUGGAGCAGCUUGUUUGUUUCUUCAUGGAUUUAGGUUUGAUCAGAGCCUGGAAGCCUCACAUGUCCUGUUUCUGUCACCAUUUCUUUUUCUGCCAGUUUAAUCCAGACAGUAAGGGUUAUUUACUGGAGUUUCUGAACCUGCUUGUGGGUUUAUUUUUCAUUUUAAAGCUUACUGAAAGCAGCCGCUAUCUCCAUCUUGUGGAGCGGAUUCAUAUUUUGUUUUUUAUUUGGGGAGGCUCUAAUGGAAAAUGUUCUUUUUUUUAAAAAAAUUGUAUGUUCAAUUAAAGAUAUUAAUCAAAAAUUAA